CGCUGUCAAGCACAGCAAGCAAAUCAUUUGCAGACACACACUGUCAAUAAGCAAUAAGUAGCAAGCAAAACGAGCCCAUCCAAGUCACUUGUCGAGCUUAGAGAAGUGCGAGCAUGCCCCAAGGCAGAGGCUCGUUUAUUUGGACAUUUUAUGUCACAUUGGUUGUCAGCUUGGGCACAACAGCUCUAAGCAAUGCACUUGAGUGUUAUGCCUGCAGCUAUUUGGAUGGUUACUCCGAUAUGCGUUGCCUGAACAAUGCCAGCGCCCUGAAGCCCAUUAACUGCACCAAGAAGUACUGCCUGACUGUGCGGCAAGAAGCAAUCCACAAUGCCAGCAAAGUGAUUUCCUUCGCACGUGACUGUCAGGACAAGCCGCUGGUACUCAAUGGCGUUAGAACAGAUGCAUCGUUUCGCUUUUACUUUCGCAGUUGCCAGCAGAAUCUGUGCAAUGGCCACAACGGACGCGUUUACAAUUCAAGUGGCUCGGGGGCAGGACUCAAUCACAAUGCCAUUAUACCUGGAAAAAGUGGCUGCAGCAGUGCUUUAAGCCUUAGUUGCUUGAUGCUGCUGCUGCUGCUGCUGUUCAUGUGUAGCAGCUGUAAUUAGCAUCAAAUAGUUUUUGUGGUUGAGCCACACUAAUGUCAAAUAAAAUGCCAAUUUUAAGCUUUUAAA